UUGAAACUUAGGCAUCUCUCUGUGCACAGCUCAUCGCUCGGAGGAUCGAAUAUAGAAUAAAACAACAAUUGUUAAAAGAUAUUUCUCAUAUAUUGUCAAAUUGUUAGUCGCCUAGAAAAUGGUCAACGAAAUCAACAAGCCCCAAAAUGGGGACAAUGCCGCCUUGAGUGAGCGCCUAGCAGCUUCCAACCGGCAGCUGCAGGAGAUGCAGGAGGAGCACCGCCAGUUGCUCGAGGAGAUGGAAACGUUGCGUUUGAGAGCCGCCGAGCUCACAAGGCUGAAUGCCCAGCGCCAACAUAUAAGGCAGUCAACCGAAGAGGUAGAAGUGUCCCAGGAAUCCACGUCCAGCCAGGUGGUAGCUUCAGUGGAGGCAGAAUUACUGCCCUCAUCCUCUUCCCCUCCUGCCGAACCCACCAACCAAGAAGCCACACCAACUGUCCAGGAAGAGGGCGAAGAGGACAAUGAAGAGACGGCCAAUUACCUGCAGGCCAAGCUGAACGAGAUCGCCAACCUGAAGGCUCAGUUUAAGCGUGUCCAGAACAUGGUGGACACCACCAAGAUGAUAGAGCAGCACAUGUCCACCAGGCAGGUGGUGCAGACCAGUUCCUCGGUUCAAAGCAGUCGGCAAACCACAAGCUCUGAAGUUCGAGUGGCAAGUCAGGAGGCUGAGGAGACUGUUCAGGAUGAAAAUCCUUCAACGAGUUCUGCUCCCGACAACGCAGAGCUCCUGAAUUCCAUGCUCAACAUGUUCACGGAUUUCACCAGCGAUCUGCGCGGACAGGCGGAGGGCCUCCGGGCGGAAAGAGAUCGCAUCAGGACCCUCAAGGAGGACAUAAUCCAGCGCAAACAGGGAAAAUAAGCCAUAUUAGACUUAAAUCACGCACUGGUCCUAGUCAUAUAAUGUCAGAAAUCAAAGGAUGAUAUUAUAAAAUUAAAGUAUAUAAUCACCAAGUGUAUAUUUAUCUUACAAAUA